AUGGCUGAACAACUCAUUCAACGUGGUACUCUUGAGGGCCACAGCGGCUGGGUCACCUCCCUCGCAACCAGCUUGGAGAACCCUAACAUGCUGCUGUCUGCCUCGAGAGACAAGUCGCUCAUCAUCUGGAACUUGACCCGCGACGAAUCUGCCUACGGGUACCCCAAGCGAUCCCUCCACGGCCACUCCCACAUCGUCUCUGACUGUGUCAUCUCCUCCGACGGUGCAUACGCUCUGUCCUCGUCCUGGGACAAGACUCUGCGCCUCUGGGAGCUGUCCACCGGCAACACCACCCGUACUUUCGUCGGCCACACCAACGAUGUUCUCUCAGUCUCCUUCUCCGCCGACAACAGACAGAUAGUGUCUGGAUCCCGAGACCGAACGAUCAAGCUCUGGAACACUUUGGGCGACUGCAAAUUCACCAUCACUGACAAGGGCCACACCGACUGGGUUUCCUGCGUUCGCUUCUCACCCAACCCUCAGAACCCCGUCAUCGUGAGCGCUGGUUGGGACAAGCUGGUCAAGGUUUGGGAACUCGCAUCUUGCCGCAUCCAGACCGACCACAUCGGCCACACCGGCUACAUCAACACCGUCACCAUCUCCCCCGAUGGAUCCCUGUGCGCCUCAGGCGGCAAGGACGGUACCACCAUGCUCUGGGACUUGAACGAGUCCAAGCACCUCUACUCUCUCCAGGCCGGCGAUGAGAUCCACGCUCUUGUCUUCUCCCCCAACCGAUACUGGCUCUGUGCUGCCACCACCUCCUCCAUCACCAUCUUCGACCUUGAGAAGAAGAACAAGGUUGACGAACUCAAGCCCGACUUCGUCGAGAAGGGCAAGAAGUCUCAAGAGCCAUACUGCGUCAGCUUGGCCUGGUCCGCUGACGGCCAGACCUUGUUCUCCGGAUACACUGACAACAAGAUUCGCGCCUGGGGUGUCAUGUCUCGCGCAUAG